AAACGGGAGAGCGGGAUGCCCCCGGCCGCACCCCUCGCAAGGGGUCUCCAGGCCUCCUGUCACCGCCAUACCCCCGAAGUUCAGUUCGGUGGGGUCGUGCCGCCAGCAGCCGCGGCUGUCUGCCCUAAAGCUGUUCCACUGCUUGGCCUUGGUCUUGUUGGAAAGAUACAGCUGUGGGAUACUGCAGGCCAGGAGCGCUUCAGGAAGAGCAUGGUGCAGCACUACUACAGGAAUGUACAUGCUGUGGUGUUUGUGUAUGAUAUGACAAACAUUGCCAGUUUCCACAGCCUGCCAUCCUGGAUAGAGGAAUGCAAACAACACCUUCUUGCUAAUGAUACACCACGGAUUCUGGUUGGAAAUAAAUGUGACCUGAGAAGUGCUAUUCAGGUGCCCACGGACCUGGCCCAGAAGUUUGCUGACACUCACAGCAUGCCAUUGUUCGAAACCUCUGCCAAGAACCCCAAUGACAAUGACCAUGUGGAGGCCAUAUUCAUGACACUGGCUCACAAGCUUAAAAGUCACAAGCCAUUAAUGCUUAGUCAACCCUCAGAUCAUGAUGAAAUACAUAUAAAGCCCGAACCAAAACCUAUCACAUCCUGCUGGUGUUAGGAUUGUCACUGAUGACAUUGUCACUGGCUAUCACCUUGUAUUGUUUGCAAGUGCUUCAAAAUUAUGAUCUUAGCAAAGUUCCUGGUUUUGGUAGCAAUUAUAGCAAAUCUCUUUGGCACUUUAAUGUGUUGUUGUUUUUUUUUAAUUUUUCCUGGUGUAGAUGUGCCCAUCUUAUGCUCACGCACUUUGUAAUUGUACUUUAUGAAUUACUAAAGUUUCGCUGUAAAUAUAUAGGACCAUAUUAACUUUGUCUAGUUUUGACAAAACAAUUCUAGUUGAGCUGUUGCUGUCUGAGGUUGUUCUCAUCACUUGUAAGAUUAUAAAUAGUAGGCCAGUUUACUAAUACUUUUCAUUGCUACUUGCAUUGGAAUAAUGUAGGAGAAAGCCUUUUGUGACAACCAUGAAACUUAGGUUUUGGGUCAGCAAAUGGGUAUAUGAAGGAAUAUUAGGUGACUACUAGCAAAUUACAAAGCAGGUAACUUUUUAUUAUAAAAGCAAACAAACAAUUCUGUCAAAGUUUGGACUGCCAGUGUUGGUGUAAAUUGCUAGGUUUUGGCCUCUCAUUCCACUAUGAGCUUGGUCUGUUUCUUCAUGGCAGUGGUAACAGAAUUUACUAACUUCUCCCUACCUCUAGACAUUUAUUUGAUACUUAAAACUUUAUUAAUUUUUCAUAAUUGGCAUGUGAUACCAAACUAUGUUAUUUUGUACUUGUGGAAAGUACUGUAGCACAGGAUUUGGGGUAAAACUGGGACUCUAUAUCUGUCCAUAAGUUCUCUGAUCUUACUAAAAUUAAAUUAUAUAUUUCUGAAGGUGCUGUAUUUGAGCUGAGUGUCUCAGAGUAAGUAAAAACAGUUGAGUAAGUAGAAGACUGGGUGAGUUUGUCAAAAGCAUACUGGUUUUCAAAGAUAGGGGUUUGCAGGGCAUUAAGAGAUCAUGAAUGCUUCUCAAAUAACUUGAAAAGCCAACUUGAUAACAUAUUUCAGGAAUGGGAAUGCUUGAAAAUAUGGUACAUUCUUAAAAUAGUCCAAACACAAACUAAAUUGGGUCUUGAAAUAUGGAGUAAAUCUACCAAGUACUACUACAUCAUCUAUUACAGAUUUUUGAGCAAAAACAUGCAUGUAUAAUGUGACUAUGUAGGACAUCCUUGUCAUUACUAAUGUGAGCUGGUAGGGGUUUGAUGAGGGAAAUUUUUCCUCUUGACCACCUUUUUCUUUGUUCUCAUAGUAGCAACUGCCUUUUUUCAGUCCAAUCUGAAGAUCAAGUUUCAAAAAUAAGGUCAAGUUUCAUAAUAUAAAUGGUGCUAAGUUGCACAUAAUUGCAUUAAGUGAAGUAUAAGAAUACAUAUACAUAGAAUGCAAUCUAUGACUUCAUUCAUGUCACACCAAACAGUGUUUGGUGACUUAGUUUUUGAACUAUAAAUGAAGAUAUUUUUUUUUUUUGCAAUGUGUAGCAUGUGUUGCUUACUGGAAACUAAAUGGAAGGGCUAGUUCAGAAGCUGUCACCCUAAUGGUCACAUUAGAAACAAAUUACAGAAACAAGAUAACUGUUAUUAUGUAAACUAUUACAAUUCUUAAGAUGUAAUUUCAUUGCAAUACGUACAGAAAAAAAUGCAUAGACUUUUUUCUGGAUUUUGAAAGAGCAUUUAAUUUGUCUAAUAUGAUUAAGAUGUUUAAAAAUAAUUAAACAAAAAGUAAUACUUUUUCCUGUAUAAUGCUGCCUCAGUUGUGACAGUAUUUUUGCUUAGGAAAAACUUGUAAAAGGGAGCUUUUGUAUUCACUCUGAACCUUACAUGACUAGAAUUUACAGUUGUUUCAGAAACAAUCACCUUUUUAACACUAGUGUCCUUAACGAUUUCUUUAAGAAAGGGAUUGAUCUUAAAUUGAUAUUUAUACUGUGGUGAGUAGAUAUGGUUUACAGUCCUGUUGGACAGAUUGUCUUUCACUCAUGUCCUUAAUCCUUUUUCUGAGAAGGAUCUUUCUUAAUUAUUUGUAUACUAAAUAUGUCAGCAAGUUUUGAUGGUUUUUUUGUGAUAUUUUUUGUUGUUUUUUGUUUGCGGGGUAGUUUUUGUUUUGUUUUAGAGGGUUUUUGUUUUUGGUUGGUUGGGGGUUUUUUUGGUUUUUUUGUUUGUUUGUUUUUCAUUUAUUUGUGUGGGGUUUUUGGUUUUGUUUUGUUUUAAUAAAAAAUAUCCCAGAGUUCAGAAUUUUAAAGUCAGUCAGGUUGGGGGUUGGGGUAAGAAAGUAAUGUAGCUGCAGUGUUACUGUUAAAUUUGAGCUGAACCACCUGCACAUCUGUUAAGUUUUAUCUGAGUUGCCACAACUUGUAAAUAAGGGCCCUCAUGUCAUGAAAAUUGUGUGGAAAUGGUGCUCAAGUGUUUAAUUCCAUGUUCAGCACAAAGCAUGUUUUAAUGGUUCUGCCACGAAGGCAGUGUGGUCAGUAAUGCAGCAUUCAGUGUUGCUCCCUGGCUUUCAGUGGUGGUGUUCUGCCCAUAGAAUGGAUGUGAGAGUACUGAAUACUUUGUAUGUGUAUUUUAACUUUACCAGACUGUAAAGUUGGGUUAUUUUGUAUGUGCUGGGGGCAGGCAAAGCACAAUCCCAGAAACCUAAUAAACUGGCUUUGCCACAAACUGUUA